AUGCUACAAAGCAUCGCUAUAUUAACUGAUAAUAUCCCUCCUUCACCUACUUCAGUUAUCCAUCAACAUACUUGUCAAAAAUGUCAACAACCAAUUGCAUUUGCUGAAACUUCUACAUCAACUAGCAUCUAUACAACAUCCUCAACCUUUCCAAUGAAUUAUGCUGCAACUAGAAAAAAUCUUUUAACAACAUUUCAACAAAACCAAACAAAUCCUCUUAUCUCUUCUAAUACUUUAACAACAGCCUUACCUAUUACUCAAUUAGAAAUCACAUGUUCUACUUUAACAGUAUCUAUUCCUACAAAUAAUACCUCUUCAAAUAUGGAAAUUGAU